ACGUCAUUUUUAGCGGGGAGUUUGUUGGCGGAAAAGUCUGAAAGGCUCAACAAACUAUUAGAUUUAGCCGCAGUCCGACUUAUAUUAAUGUAUAUACCUAUAUAUAUACUUUUUCGUGGAUGCCACAUUCGCUCAGGACUGUAUGCGGGUUUCAUGAAAUUGUCUUUUAAAGAAACUAUUGCGCUUUACAGCCAACGAGAGCGAUGGAGACGUUUCCUGUCUGCACUGACGGUGUCGGCACAGACGGCUGUAUGAUUAAAUCAGACCGAGGUCACAGGAAGAGCAAAGUCUCGAGGGACGUGGAAAUAGACAUUGAGAUCCUCUACAAAGCCGUCCCUCAGCUGGCCAAGGUUUUCCGUAUAAUAGACAAAAUUGGAGAAGGUACGUUCAGCUCGGUUUAUCUGGGUGAGGCUCAGAUGCGGGACGGGAGGAGAGAGAGGUUUGCCCUGAAGCACCUCAUCCCAACCAGCCACCCAACACGCAUCGCUGCUGAGCUUCAGUGUCUCACUGUUGCUGGAGGCAGAGAGAAUGUGAUCGGGGUGACAUAUUGCUUCAGGAAGGAGGACCACGUAGUGAUUGUCAUGCCCUACAUGGAGCAUCAAGCUAUUGUGGACAUUAUUGGCGCAUUGAGCUUUGAAGAAGUCCGUCUGUACAUCUAUCGGCUGUUGACGGCCCUGAGACACAUCCACCAGUUUGGUAUCAUUCACAGAGACAUCAAACCAAACAAUUUCCUCUACAACAGGAAGAGCAAAAUGUUUGCGCUGGUGGACUUCGGCCUGGCUCAGGGUACAGCGGACACCCACAUUGAGCUGCUGAAGGUAGUGAGGCAGAGGACAUUGCAAAAAGGUGGAGGGUCCACAGGGAAACAAGACGCAACACAGCAGAUCAAAGCACCACCAAGACUCCUUCCCAAAACCACCACCACAGCCUCAACCUCACUACCUUUGCCUGCACAGCAGUCCACGAACUUACCACCUUCCUCUCCUUCCUCCUCCACCACAUCCUCCUCAGCCUCUCAGAAAGCACUGGUUAAAAAAGCACGCUCUGUGCCCACCACCUCUCGCACAAAGCACACAAAGGAUUUGACAGGACUGCGGAAAGUGCCACGUCCGGUGUUUGGAGAGAGGAACCUAAACAGCUUCACUCGCGCUCCAUCCACCACCAAACAAGCUGCCAUAAAGACGGAGGUAAGCAAGUUGUUAAAACCCAGCAAAACAGACGAUCCAGCCAACCGAAGGUGCUCUUCAGUCAGCCGGGGCCCGCUGCCCGUCAGGACCCAGAGUAGCAGUCAGAGACCUCAGAGGACUGUGCAGCAGGGCCUCACCUGCAACUGCUACCUGACGGACCGUGUCUGCAACAUCUGCCUGUCCAGGAAGCAGCAGGUGGCUCCCAGGGCGGGAACCCCGGGUUUCAGAGCACCAGAAGUCCUCACAAAAUGUCCCAACCAAGGAACAGCCAUAGAUGUGUGGUCCGCUGGUGUGAUCCUGCUCUCACUGCUCAGUGGCCGCUACCCAUUUUUCAAAGCCAACGAUGACCUGAUCGCCCUCACUCAGAUCAUGAGCAUACGAGGCUCCAGAGAGACCAUCCAGGCAGCCAAGGCUUUUGGCAAAGCAGUGGCGUGCAGCCGGGAGCUGCCUCGGCAGGACCUCAGAACGCUGUGUGAGACGCUGAGAGGACGGAGGCCAUCGCCAGGUGAUGAGGUCACACCACUUCAAGAAGCCAACAAAGACUCUACUGUCACCCGUCAUUGCAGGAUCCAAGACGAUACGCCGACACACCGUCCCACUGAGGGAACGUUAGAGCAGCACGAAGAGGAACCAGGUGAAAGUCCUUCAUCUUUCUCGUCUGCUCUUCCAAACCACAGUGAACAUUUAGGGAACACAGAAACCACUCGUCUUGCUCAGCAGAGGCCAGAGACAGACUGCAAGGUAAAGGAAGACCAGCAGGGCUGGGACCGAGUUCCCGAUGAGGCCUACAACCUGCUGGACCGGCUGCUGGACCUAAACCCUGCUACCAGGAUCACAGCUGCUCAGGCCCUGCAGCACCCACUGUUCAAAGACCUGUGAAACCGCAGACCGUCCCCGGACCGCUCGUAUCAACAGAAGUGACCGCCUCCUCGUCUUCGGUUCACAUUUAAUGAAGUGAAGACAAAGGGGUGUUGUACUUUAACAAUUACCUUUCCAAUUAUAACCCAGCAGAGGACUAAGUCUGUCCACUUAUGAGAAAUAAUGAUGCUGCACAGCGGAGAGAACGUCUGUUUGAGAGAAUAGAGUUCUGAUAGAUUUUGUUGUGGUGAGAAAGAGUUCACAAUUUUCUCUUAAAAUGCUUUAUAUAUUUUAAUAUUAGCAUUAAUUCAAGACAGGUUUGACUUGCUGGUUCACAUGCCUGCAGUUCAUGGCAGCUAAAACUGGGACAGGAAGAGUAUUGACUUCAAGCAUUACAUUUACAGACUAUUAUUGUGUUUAUAAUAGAAGGUACCUCAUCUCUGUGAAGACAGAAAUCAGUUGGUUACAGCUGCACACUGUCUGAUUAUUUAUUAAACUUUUUUACUCUGUAAUUUUAUACCUCAGACAAAAAGAGAGCAAUACAAAACUUGAGGAGUCUUGUUAUUUCGAUAUGCCAGUGUGAUGCUUCUACUAUUGUUAGUCUGGUCACGGUCAAGAGGGAAAAGUACACAUGUUCUUAACUAUUGCCAAAGCUGCCUUAUCUCCACUGUAUGAAUUUACUAUUUCUAAAGAUGUACAGGUGUUAAUAUUAUUUUGAUUAUGAAUGCAACUGUAUGGGUGACUGUUUUAGCAGUGAUAAUUUAUAGAUGUAAAGUCUGCCGCAAUAUAGUUUGGAUGUUUUAAUAAAGGGUAGGAAACAAAGCA